CAAAUAUGAAAACACAUUCUAAUAUUUCUUCACUUGUUUGUUUUUUCCUAUUCGUCCCAUUCUCACUAUCUAAUGCUGCACCAGUUGGAAUAUGCUAUGGAAGAGUAGCAAACAACCUUCCAUCACCAUCCACCAUUGUUUCUCUUCUCCAAGAAAACUCAAUUCCAAUGGUUAGAAUCUUCAAACCAGACCCAGAAGUAUUACAAUCUUUCUCAGAUUCAGAAAUUUCCUUAAUGAUUGGUGUUCCAAAUGAAAUAUUACCUUCAUUAGGAACUAAUUCUUUUGAAUACUCCCUUCAAUGGCUUCAAGAUAACAUCUUAAAUUUUAUCCCACCAACCCAGAUCAAAUACUUAGCAGUUGGUAAUGAAGUUUUCUUAAAAGAUCCAUAUUAUUCCCAAUAUUUAUAUCCAUCAAUUUGUAAUCUUAAUCAAGCAUUAAAAACCCUAGAUUUAGAUCAAAUAAUCAAGAUUUCAUCCCCAAUUUCAUCCUCUGUUCUUACAAAUUCUUUCCCUCCUUCAAAUGGGUCUUUUAAUCAUGAUCAUUUACAACAAAUCAUCCCAUUAUUACAGUUUUUAACAGAAACAAAUUCCCCAUUAAUGGUUAAUGUUUACCCUUUUUAUAGCUACAUAACUAACAAAAAAGAUAUUGGAUUAGAUUAUGCUCUGUUUAACACCAAAGGUGUGUUAUUGGAUAAUAAUGGGUUGUUGUAUGAUAACUUGUUUGAUGCUACAUUGGAUUCGUUCGUGGCGGCGAUGGAGAAGGAAGGUUAUAAUGGUGUUCGGAUGAUGGUGGCGGAGACUGGGUGGCCGACCGAUGGCGGCGAAGCGGCGAGUUUUGACAAUGCAAGGGUGUAUAAUGGGAAUGUUGCUAUGAGAGCAUUAAGAGAUGUUGGUACUCCAAAAAGGCCUAGUGUUGGUGUGGAGGUUUUCUUGUUUGAUUUGUUUGAUGAGAAUGAGAAGUUUGGGGUUGAAUAUGAAAGGCAUUUUGGGGUUUUUCAAUUGAAUGGUGUUAAGGCUUAUGAUGUUAGCUUUAGCUUAAUGUGAUAUACUAUGUACUUAAAUGAAUUGGAUUAUAUGUUAUAUUCAUUUGAUAAUGUAUUGAGAA